AUGCUGGAAAACCCUAGCACCCAUUCUUUGUCAUCCGCUGCCAACAUCGCAACCAUCAAGCCCUACGCUCGUCCCAAUCAGAGGAAUCGUUCUCUCAGCCGGCGCAAAUCUGGAGGAGAUCGGCUUGAACGAGCAAAUAUAUAUGCAAAUGACGGAGAGAAGAACCAAAAUGCUGGCUCAAAAAAUCUCCCUAUUGUAUAUCAUGGGAAUGAAGGUGGCAACAAUCGUGUUAAUGUGGAUGUUGCUCCACGGUUAAUACCUUUGCAUGGAUGUUGUAACAGUGAAGCAUUUCAGCUUCUUAAUGACCGUUGGAUAGCGGGGAUGGACGCAUACAACAAUCCGUCCAUAGAUUUGGCUGGUGGUUUGGGUUCAAAAAUGUUGAUGGACAUAGCCAAAGACCACGCAUCAGUACCCACUAUAUUUAUUUGUCUUUGCUCGUCUCCUAGUAGUGGAAGCCUUCCCAAAAGGCCAGUCUUGUAUACAGGAAGUGGUACAUCAGCCUGGGGGAUUGUUAGACUUCCACAUCAGAUGGAUUUCUUGAGUGAACUCCGACAUGCAAUGCGCGAUGCAAAUGCCAGUUCUGAUACCUAACAAUCAUGAAUCUCAAACCUUACUUGAAGUUCAUGUUUGUCUCUGGACUUGCAGAGUUCUAUGAAUUGUAUGAUUAGAGUUUGUUUGUAUUUAUUAUGCGACCCUUCAUAUGUGCUACUUAUACGGGUCCUUCAUAUCUACGUCAUGCUUUAUCUAUUUCACCAAAACAAUGCUCCACAUAUUCAUUGUACGCAUGGUGACUAAAGUCUUUGUAUUACAUAUGUGUGUGUGUAUACCAUAGUGAAUGGCUUCGUCAAAGACUGUAUCAGUACGUAAUAUCUGUGAAGGUGAAGGUAGGAGUGGUACCACCAUUGGAUGUCCUCGGCAAAAGAUCCCUUCUUGGUCUAUGUGAUAUCUCAUUCUCGAUUGGUUCAAUGGUUUUAUUGUCCAGAAUAAGGGAAAAGAAAUUGCUUAGAAAGC